AUGCUUCGGGCGGCGGGCUGUGCAGCCUGUGCUUCCCUCGCACAGCCGAGCGCUUCAGCGCUCCUCUGUCUCGCAUCAGGGCUGUACGGGAGUGAAACCAUCUCGGCUCCCGGCUCCCGUUUAAUGAUUUUAGGAUCACAACCCCCGGAAGUUAAUAGCGUUGUCAGAACGGGAACGGACCGAUCGAAAACGGAUAAUUGUCCCAAUCAAGGUGCCCACCGUCCUCCCUACCUGUACCAGCAACCCAACAUCAAGGUGCCGGUGAACUACUGUGUACCCAAGGCACACGCAGGCCCUCCGGCGAAUCUUUACAAUCCUCGAGCCCUCAGUCCACAGGACGUCAAUGGCAUCCCCAUGAACUUUCGUGAAGCCCAACCAACUAUCCACCGAGCCAGCGUGCAGCCAGCUCAAUUUCUGUCCUGUCCAACACGGUACGACCCGGCGAUAUCGGACCACAUAUUUCGACAGCCUACGCCAACCAGGGAGGACGUGGUGUGGCUCGCUGGUGGCAUAGAUACCGUUCACCUCCAUACCUGCUUUACUACCAAUGCAGCCUGUGGCAGAGUACCACGUAACAUCAGGGCAAGAGCACUUCCCUCUUGGUGGAGGAUCGCGCUGAGGAGCCCAUCGGACGGAACAGCCGACGCGGCGGGAAUUGCUUUUACAUAUGCGCUAGACGCUCUGCAGGGCGAUGAAGCCAUCAACAGCCUCCUUCUUGCAGCGCAUCCGGUCCGAGCGGUCUUCCAGAACGGUCAAUGGAAGGAUCCUAGCGCAUCGCAGGCAGCAACAAAACCCACACCAUCCCACCCCACCGGCCUCGGGUGGAAAGACGUCAACAAUCG